AUGGGGGAGCUCUGGGUGGCGAAUCCAAAAGCAACGACUAGUCGAGGAGGCGCGCGAGGGUCUCGGGUCUGUUGGAGAUCUCGUCCGCCGCCUGACCUGGGUUCGAUUAAGGUGGAGUUCGACAACGGCGGAGGAACAAGGCGCCGUCGGCUGGUGUAUAUAAGCACUUGCGGUUUUGUGAAUAUGGAUUUUGCGGAGGAGGUAGGGGAGAGCUCGUCGCCGCCUCGGAGCUACGGCAGUUUCGGCGGCGGCGGGAGUGGUGGUGGCGGUGGUGGAGGAAAUGACUUGAUGAGGGACGAGGUUUACAGUCGAUUGAUGGAGAAUAGGAAUGAGGAGGCGAUUAGUAAUCCUGAUUUUCGCGAGCAGUUGGAAGCUCACUUCAAUCGCCUGCCUCCAAGUUAUGGGCUUGAUAUCAACAUGGAUAGAGUGGAAGAUGUGUUGUUGCAUCAAAAGCUUCUUGCAAGGGCAAAGGAUACAGAUAAUCAACCUGUUUUCCACAUCCGUUUCCUGGAGAACGUUUGUACUAGAAGUGAUGAGUCUGAUGGUGAACCAGUUCCAGAUCCUAUUGUCCCAUUUCCAGGCAAUACUGUCAAUAAUGGUGCCCAAUCUUUACAGCAGGGCAGGAAUUCUGGGGGUGAGUUUGAGACUUGCACUAAACUCGAGGAUCUAAAUUUGGAUGUUAGGAAGAAUUCAAAUGACACAAACAAUGAGACUUCUGCUGAAGAUCCUAUCUCAAGGCAGGAAGAAGUGCACACACCAGUUCAUGAAGUGAUAUUUUCAACUCUUGACAAGCCGAAACUUCUUAGUCAGCUUUCUGCCUUGCUGUCUGAUAUCGGGCUUAACAUCCGUGAAGCUCAUGUAUUUUCUACGACCGACGGCUACUCUUUAGAUGUAUUUGUUGUUGACGGAUGGCAUGCUGAGGACUCAGAAGGAUUAUAUGAAGCAGUGAAGAAAGCAAUUGCUGGAUGCGAGGGAUCAUGGUCCGGUUCUUCCGGUUCUUCUCGCUCUCAUUCAAUCGUGGAAAGAAUCAUUGCGGAGCAAACGAAACAAGAAGAUUGGGAAAUCGACUGGAGAUUGUUGAAGAUGGGGGAAAAAAUUGCUGCUGGAUCUUGUGGAGAUCAGUAUCGUGGAGUGUAUCUUGGUCGGGAUGUUGCUAUUAAGGUCCUAAGGUCUGAGCAUCUGAAUAAAUCUAUGGAGGCUGAGUUUGCACAGGAGGUUGCUAUUUUAAGACAAGUACACCAUGAAAAUGUUGUACGUUUCAUCGGGGCUUGUACGAAAUUGCCAAAUUUAUGCAUAGUAACAGAUUACAUGCCUGGAGGGAGCCUUUAUGAAUAUUUGCACAAGAAUCAUCACGUGCUGAAGCUUCCUCAGUUGCUCAAGUUUGCCAUCGAUGUCUGCAGAGGCAUGGAGUACCUACAUCAGAAGAAUGUUAUCCAUCGGGACUUGAAGACCGCAAAUUUGCUCAUGAAUACUCACAACGUUGUUAAGGUGGCGGACUUUGGGGUUGCUCGGUUCCAGAAUAAAGGUGGGGUUAUGACAGCAGAAACAGGAACAUAUCGAUGGAUGGCACCUGAGGUGAUAAAUCAUCAACCUUAUGACCAAAAAGCAGAUGUUUUCAGCUUUGCAAUUGUUCUAUGGGAGCUCAUCACAGCUAAGGUUCCUUACGACACCAUGACUCCUCUGCAAGCUGCCCUUGGGGUGAGACAGGGUCUACGACCUGAACUCCCGAAAAGCGCGCAUCCCAAGUUAUUAGGCUUAAUGCAGAGAUGUUGGGCAGCACUUCCCAGCGAUCGACCUUCCUUUAGUGUUAUAUUAGUCGAACUCGAGGAACUUCUCGAGGAAGUAAAGGGUACUCAGAACUCACCCAACGGCUGCUGUUAG